UUAAAGAUUAUGAUUGAAAAGGGGGAAAAAAUAUGGAGUGCGAGCAUUUACUUACCUAUAAAUGAAAGUCAAAUCGCAUUCUACUAUCAGUACGUUGAUCAAAAUGUAUCGAAAUCUUUGUUUGGUGGCUGUUUGCUUGUUGGCUACGGUUUCGUGCAUUUAUUGCGCGACUCCUGUAACAUUCGUCAAAAAUGACCUUUCUUACGAAUCGUUGAUCGGAAACUUCAACAAUGAGCCAGCACCUGCAGGUUACUUUGAAAUCAUCGAGAAAGUCGCCCAGCAAUACGUCGCAAAUAAUGGCUCCAAUUACGAAGAUUUCAAGAAAUUCGGUUACGGUCUGGAUCAGUUUUUCUUGUUCAAAGUAUUGGAAAAGGUUUACGAUGAUGAACUCGCAAAACCAGCACCACAAACUCCCGAUUCAAAUCUUGAUGCUAUACCUGUGUCAGAUUACGUGGACGAGAGUACUGGUUACGCUUUUAAGGAGCUAGUCGUCUACAAUUUCCCCGCAUUCAAAAAGGGGGUGAAAUCGGAACUUAAGCAUCAGUCAUUAAGUUCGGCUUCCGAAUAUCAGGUCAACGUUGAUUACAAUGCGGACAACACGAUAGUAACUGGUAGCUUUUACGUCGACGGUUCCAAAUACUUUUUCGUAUACACGUUGAAAUCGUCUAGUUACGCGAUAAACAUGCGAAAAAGAAGAAACUCGAUCGACGAUUCGGAUAAAUUCGUGUUCAUCAAAAGAUCAGUCGGAUUCGGUGGUGAAGAUUCCAUCAACACGUAUGAUUCGUCAUACGUUAACUCCUCGGUGGUCAAUAGCCAAUUCAAAGACAUUUUGACCAAUAAAGUAGUACCUCACGUUUUGUCCGAGUUGAGCCAACGCGAUAUCGAGACGUUGAAACGUCAAGUUUUGGUAGAAGAUUUCAAAUUCAUCAAGAAAUACAAAGGUUUAAUAUUAACAGCUUUGACCGAAUCCGCUGUCAAAUACAUUAAAGCUUACGUUCAGUAUAAUAAAAAUGGAGACGAUACUUUUUCAUCGUCGAAUAUCAGCUUUCAAGUUGCAUCGCCCGGUGCUCGUUUACCGUUCACGCAAACCUACUAUAAUAUCAAACUGAAAGGAUUCCUGAAUUUCGCCAACCCUCUGAGAUCAGUUUACGAAAACACGACUUUUUCGGAUAACGGACGAUUGUUCAACUUAUCCCAAGGUAUCGAAUUCAGCUAUCCGGAAGAAGGCGACAAAGUGGCUGUUUUUUCGUACAUCUUCAACGACGGACGUCACGACUAUCCCAAGGAAUACAAAGUCAAGAGUAUAACCAUCAUAUCGGAAUACCUGAGCGAAUUGAGCAAAAAACCAUACCAGGUGUAUAGAAAUAAAGAAGUGUUCUUCAACGGUGCUGGAAUUUUGGUCAGAUUUGAAAUCCAUGGUAUACGUGUAGAAGAUCAGGCCGACAGCUUCGUUUACAAGCAUCUUGGAAACGAUAUAGCUAGAAUUGUUCAAGAGUAUAUCGAAAGUAGCUCAACAUAGGCGAAAAUGUUGUACUGCUAAUGUACCAGAUUUUCCAAUUAGGUGAUUAUUUUGUACCGAUUUAUCGAUUUGAUUAUUUUUUUUAGUGGAAAAGUUUUUCAUUUAAAUCACCAACGAGUGUUUCUUUUAAUGUUCAGAUUUGCCAAUUAGCUAAUGUAGAUUAUAAAGAAACUCUUGUUGGUCAGAUGCACUCGUAUGUGUAUUUGACCUUGAUGAUUAAGAAGUGUUAUAGAUAAGAAUUAGAUAUCCGAAAAUAGCCAAAAAUCAGUUUAAUUAAAUGCAGAUGUUACGCUCGAAUUGAAAAUAUCUCACUCAUCAGUCAUCAUUUAUUGGAAUAGUUAGUAUUUUUAUAACGAAUAAAAUAAAAUAAUCAGCUAAUUAAGAAAAUAUCAGACUUCGAUGUAACUACCUAGACUUACCUAAGGUAAUUGUAAAUAAAUUGUGAUUUUUUUUUUU